UGGUACUUUGUUGAGCGCAAAGCUGCUUUCCCCGACUUGCCGUUGCCACAUCCGGCAUGGCUUAAGAAAGAUUUCGAGACUUGUGUGUUGUCGGGUGAUCAGGAGUGCACCUAUACGCAGGGUGUGACCGUAGAAGGCAUUGGUGAUCAUCGGCGACAGAGUUUGUUCUUUUGUGGACACGCAUACGAAUGCACACCUUUUAAUACUAUUGGCGCUUUGGAACGCGCGAAAUUUGCUGUCGAAAGUCAAUAUGCCGUUGUUGGUGUUUUAGAAGAUAUGAAUACAACUCUGUCGGUUUUUGAGAAGUAUAUACCACGAUUCUUUGAAGGAGUACGAGAGAUAUACCAAACUAGCGCUGAAUACUUGACAAAGAUCAAUAAGAAUAACUUCAAGCCACCAGUGAGCGAAAAAGUGAAAGACAUUGUGCGACAUAAUUUUACAAACGAAAUCGAAUUCUAUCAAUUCUGUCUGCAACGAUUACACAAACAAUAUCUCGCUACACAUAUACCGCAAAAGAUUUUAGCGCCCUAAAACUUUCAAGAAAAGGAUACUUAAAUGGAUUGUUGUUAUUGCAUUGUUGUACAUUUUUACAUACAUAUAUUGUGCAUGGCUGUAUGUCAGAUUUCCAGUGGGAUUUCGCAACGACAUAAAGAACAAAUUUUGAUCAACUUGAUAUACAUACAUAGCUGGAAUUAAUGUUUCUUAGUUUUUAUUCAAAUUUUUAUUUAAAGUACCAGUAUUAUAUUUAGUAAAUUUAGUUUACCAAUUGAGAUCAAUUUAAAUUUUGUUAUCGAUUAUUAUUCAAUGUUGAGGCAGAAAGUAUGGGAACAUAAAAUAUUUAUAGAAAAAAAUAAUACUCGUCCACUUUUGAUACAAAGAUAUGAACAUACAAAUGUAUGUAUGUAUGUGUUUAAAAAGAAAAAGACUUGAAAAUUGAUGCGAAAUUUCUAGUCAAUAAGUCAUAUCUGCACAUCUUCAUUUUAUGUAUGUAUGUAUAUGUGUAGGUAUGUAUGAAAAAUACUUUGAAAACUAUUUUGAUGACUAAACUCAGUAAAAAUGGGAUUUUUUUUUUAAAUUGUUGUGACUAUGUGAAAAAUAUGUUAGAAUAGUUAUAUAAAAUACCUGCAUACCUUUAAAAUUUACGUACUACUUAUGCAUUUUAAUACGCACGAAAAUUGCGUAGUGCAACACUCAAAAAGCGAUGGGAAUGAGACCAAUUGUGUUCAUUAAAAGUGGUCAAAAUAUUACUAUAUACCAAAGGAUUUGUAAAAGUUGGUUCCCAUUUCCUUUUUAUAUCGAUUUUAACAUGUGAAUUUAAAGUUCAAAAAUAAACAAGUACAAUGAUUUUUUUGGUUUCGCGCAGUAGGUUUUUGGUUAAUGUAUUUUUUUGGUUAAUGUAUAUAAUCAUGAAGAAAAAAAUUAUUUCCAUUAACUGGAUGUGAGUCCUAUGAAUUGAUUUAUGCAAAAAAAAAAUCUACCAACAUUUUUUUUUGAGUUGAUCGCACUCUAGACCUAUGUGUGCGAUAUAUAUGUACAUAUAACACAAUUUUUCCACUUGAACAUUGAGCUGUGCCAAAACCUCCUCCCACCCCCUCCCCUGCCCGCUCCACUAACUUUGGAAAAUGUGUUUUUAAAUUAUACGUUCUCAUUGGGAUCUUAUUUCUCCAACUUCAAAUUGCGAUUAAAAAGAAAUGGUAACCAACUUUUUUAGAUCCUUUGGAAGUUUUUUAUUAUUUGACCAGCUUAAUCAAAUGCUGUUUGUCCGAUUACCAUCACCUCCAACGUUUUGAAAUUUGUUGCACAGUGUUACUUCAAAAAAAUUCAAA